GUACGGGCUGCCAGAGGAACGUGUUAGAUAUUUUACUAAUAUAGUAGUUUUGGUGCUCGGAAGAAUCGAACAGUAUCUCAUUCAAGUUAUUGGAGAGUGUUUGUGUUAAGGUGCUCUGUACUCUACCUGGUGUAUUAUAAAGAACUAAAAUAGUCUAUUACCAGGAAAAGGAGAACUGUUAUAUGUAGUCAUCAGAAGUAACUGUGUAUUUAUGUCAUCUAAUGUCAUCUUUACUUGUUUUGCCGAUGGAUGAUGGCAUCAACACAAAGAGCAUGGAAAUUACAAGAAUUUGUUGCCCAUGGAUCCAGUGUUCGUUGUUUAGCCUUUGGGAAGAAAUCUGGCCGGGUCAUGGUCACUGGAGGAGAAGACAAAAAAGUCAAUCUUUGGGCAGUAGGAAAACCAAACUGUAUCAUGAGUCUGACUGGUCAUACAACUGCAGUUGAAUGUGUUAAGUUUGGUCAAGUAGAAGACAUGGUCUGUGCUGGCUCUGUGGCAGGGACUAUGAAGAUUUGGAACUUGGAGGAAGCAAAAAUUCUCAGGACAUUAACUGGACACAAAUCAAACGUGAAAUGUCUGGACUUCCAUCCCUUUGGUGAAUUUCUUGCCUCUGGUUCAUUAGAUACCACUUUAAAGCUGUGGGACAUCAGAAGAAAAGGUUGUAUCUACACAUACAAGGGCCAUGAUAAACCAGUCAAUACCAUUAAGUUUAGCCCUGAUGGAAGAUGGAUUGCUUCUGCUGGAGAUGAUGGAACAAUUCAGCUUUGGGACCUGCCUGCAGGGAAGAAGCUAACAGAAUUCAGAAGUCAUUCAGGCCCUGUUGUGGAUAUUGAGUUCCACCCUAAUGAGUUUCUUUUAGCAAGUUGCAGUACAGACAGGUCAGUCAGAUUUUGGGAUCUGGAAAGUUUCCAGCAAGUUUCCUCUAUUGAAGGAGAGACUGGACCUACCAGGUGUAUAUAUUUCAACCCAGGUGGGGAAUGCCUUUUUUACGGAGCUCUAGAUGUUCUCAAGGUGUAUGGGUGGGAACCAUCUCGCACCUACGACACCCUUGUGUUGGGUUGGGGAAAAGUUACUGACAUAUCCACAUCUCAGAACCAACUGAUUGCUGGAGCGUUUUCCCUUACGAAUGUGUCUGUGUAUGUAGUAGACCUGAAGAGGGUACGGCCAUUUGGCAUUCCUCCAACUAGUAGAGCCAAAUCAUUUGAAUCACAGCCAGCCUUUUCGCCAAAUGGCCAAGUUAGAAAAAGCUUCAAUAGAAGGCGACCAGUAGGCAAAGAAGCAUUAUCUCUAAAGGUAAAGUCUGUAGAAAAUUCUGACUCUGCUAUUUCUCAGUCGGACUCUGGAGGUGAAUCUCAGUCGUAUGCUGAAAUAAAGGAGCAAGGCUACUACAAAGAAAUCUUUCAUCCUUCCAAAGUUUACCUUGGUGAGAACAAGAAUUUGCAGUCAGAAGAAACUAAAACAGCAGAAAAGCUUACACCAGCUCCAUUUGUGGCACCUGUGCAAAAGUCUUCCAGUCCCAUCGUGGGAAGAAAGCCAGAGAAGAUGUCAGCUAUAACUACCUCCAUUCCAGACAGUGGCAGUUCACUGUCUUCUCCUAGUCUCAAUUCCACAUACACUAUAGUUAAACCAAUACCUAUAGUGCCUGAGAAAGAAAUUCAUCCUCAGAAGGCUGUGGUGUUUAAUGAGGAUCAGUAUAUACCAACUUUCAGUUUUUCAAACUUGAACAAUUCAGUCCCCGUCCAGAAACCACAGAAAAGAUCAAGUAACUCUGUGAACUUUGUACCAGAUCAACGUGACCACCCAGCAGAACUUGACAUGGAAGCUUUUUUGCCUAAACAUUUACAAAGUAAUCUUUGCAUCAGAGGUCAACCUCAGCCACAGUUGUCAGAGGCAGAAGCCAUGUCCUCCAUCUUUAAAGGCCACCAGUCAAUAAUCCAGGGUGUAAGUAAAAAUGCCCAGAGUAUCAAAUUCUAUAAGGUGAAGCUUUGGAACCUGAACAUCUGUCAGUUAUUGCUACCUACCAUUUAUGAUUUAUUACAGAGUAAAUUUGAAUCAUAUAUAUCAGUAGGAUGCACCAGUCUUAGACUGAUCCUGAAGAAUUUUGUUUCUGUGAUAAAAACCAAUGUAACAGCACCACCUAGUGUUGGAGUUGACAUUAGUCGUGAAGAAAGACACAACAAGUGUGCUAGCUGUUACAACCACCUUCUAUCCAUCCGAGCAUUCCUCUUAAAACGACAAACCAUGCAAGGAAAACUUGGGCAUUCAUUCAGGGAGCUCCAUAUGUUAAUGCAAGGCCUAUAGUGAUUCUUUUUUCAAUUUAAGAUAAUAAAUGAGUGCCUAGAAACAUUUUAAAUGUUAUACUGAAGUCAAUUAAAAAGACUUGAGUGAUUGUAGUAAUUUAAAAAGUUGUGCUGAACAAUGUCCAAGAUUAUUUAAAAAUGGUAGUGAACCUAAGUUGCUUAUCACAUCUUCAAUGAAGUUGUAAUUGGGACAUUUAAAGUUUCAGCGAUUCUUAAGAAGUACUUACCUCUUUCUGGUUCCUAACAUUUGAAAGACACCACGGAACACGUAGUUUUUCAGAAGGUUUUUGAGAAUCAUUUUAAGGUUGUACUUAAUCAUUCUGCUUUCUAGUUUUUCUUUACUUUGUGUUGUGGAUCCUGUUAAUCACAUGAGAAACAUUUAGAGGGUGCAUCUGCAAUGCCAGGAACUAAAGCUUAGUUGAUUUUGGGUAGAAAGUUUACUAAAAAUUUUUUGAACAAUGGACCUGAAUUUGUACAGAAAGUUUUAAAUUGUACAUGUAUUUGCUUUCUCAUAAUAUAUCUUUUCAACUGCUGUGUAGUAUUCAUUCUAAAUUUAUGAAUGAUUUCCAUUGUAAGAAUAUUUUGAAUAUUAUACAUUCAGAUCAGUAAACAAAUAAUUGCUUUAAAAACUGUGUAGAAGUCAAUAAUGAUGUGGAAUAUAUAUUUCAGUUUAACAAUCAAAAUUUCUGUGGAUUGUCAUUGAAUCUGUUUUAUUUAAAGUUUAUCAUGUUACAAGUGUGUUACAUUAGCACAUGGCUUGAUGUUAAAACAGUUUUUAUAAGAUUUAGUAAGUACUGUAAACUAUAGAUAUAUGAAAGAUAGUUUCUGUUUGACUAUAUAUAUCAAGUUACCUCUGCCAUUUGGUAUGAUCUUAACUAAACGUUUAGAAAAAAUAAAUUAUUGAUUAAUACGGCACAUGUCUUAAAUAAUUAUUUAAAAUUUUAAUCAUUUUGUUUUAAUUAACUUUGGUUCCCUUGUUUCUGAGUUAAGGGCUCAAAUAUUGUAAAAAAAAAAUAUAUUUGCAUCAGUAAUUUACUUACUUAGUUCUUAAAGUAAAAAUAAUGCAUUCUCUCAGGCACGUUGGUAAAAAUCAAUAAAAAAGAAUAACUUGCAUAUCAUUUGCCCUUUAGUAAAGAAAACGAAAAUUUAAAAUGUUCUGAAUGAAAUAAGGUAUGCGAGAUGAUUAUAUAAAUUGAAAUUUAUUAUUAGAUUACUGUUAAGCUUAAAUUUAAUAUUAAUUUUGAUUUUUUUUUAAAUACUGUUUUAGAAAAUUAUUGCUAAUAAAGCAAGUUAGUUCCAUUUUACUUUUGGUAACAGAGAUAUGCUUUUUUUUUAAAUUAGUGUUAUUAUGCAUUUCAAUUAUUUUUACUUUUUUCUGUGGAGUUUAAAAUUUUAUAACUUCAGCUUAACACCACCUACAGGUGAAACUAACAAAACUUAAUUUAUGUAAAGUCAAACAGUGCCAUAUUUUUGUAUGGAGUUUAGUGUUUACAGGCAUGGAAAGUAAACAUUUCAAAAUAAAGGGUACUAAUUAAGUACACAAACUUCAUUUGAAUGACUAAUGUCUUUGGAAUAACAAACGUUUUGUAGGUUGUUCUUUGGUUAAGUUGGUUAGAAAUGAAUUUGUGUUUUUCUUUUCAGACAACAUUAAUAUUAUGACAGUGGAAGUAGUUGGCAAUAAUUUAUAUUUUUCAUUGAAAAUCUGUUAUUAAAUUGAUUUACACAACCAAAUAUUCAGCAUCAUAAUUAUUUUACUUGAAAUUUGUAUUUGAAAGAAACUUCAGCUGUGACUCCUCCUCAAGAAAAUAUUGAUGUCCUGAAGGAAGUAGGACAUAUUAUAGGUUAAAAUAUAAAGACAAACUUGUAUGUAUUUAUUGAAUUCUAUGUCUAGAACGUUUAAUAGUUAAGACAAAAAUCUUGUUCAGUAAAACCAUCUGAAAAGCUAGCAAACUUUACUCAAAUAUGUCUCAUUUUCUUUUAAAAGCUCAUUGUCUAGUAGUACUUACUCAGUUAGUUAAUUUAUUAUCAAAAGGUAAUACUUUUAUGUAUAUUGAUUUAGAUUUUAAAAGUGCUUGUAAGGACAUGUAGCAGUGGUGCUGAAUCACUUUUUUUGUCAUCUUUUGAUUCCUUAUGCAUCAUGCUGUUGUACAAUUUUCCAUUCUUUUUUAUAAUAUAUUUAUCAUUUGAUUUUUUUUUAAAAC